UGGCAACAGUGUUCAACUGUCAAACACCGAUACUUGUAAAACCAAAUAGGAACAAAUGGUGUUGAAGUUGGAAAAGAAUAUUGCUAUAUUUUUCUCUUCAAACACAAAAUAAUGUUGAGGAUUGAAACUGGGUUCGUAUUUUAAUUUUAACCGCAGUUUCAAUUGAAUCUGUUGAUUUUACUGUGUAGUGCCCAACUUUCAAUUCAAUUAAUUUAACUAUCAAAAAUAUGGAGAAGAAUUCUUCUACAUUGGAAAUAGGAACAAGUAUCAACAUUAAAAGGACUGAUGGUCGGAUUCAUUCGGCCAUUGUGGCCGAUAUAAAUUAUGCCAUGAGAAGUGCCACUGUGGAGUGGUUUGAGCAAGGCGAAACGAAAGGAAAAGAAAUCGAUAUGGUAGCGAUAACAACACUGAACCCGGAAUUGGUUAUUGUGAGGCCUAGUGAGCGAAACAAUUCACAGGACACUUCAACACAGAGCAAUUUGAAACCUUUGCAAAGAGUGGCAACCAGACAGUCUAUGGGAAGCAUCAAGUCUAAUAAUGGGAUAAUGAAAUCCUCUUCAAGAGUCACUGUAGGAAAUGGAUAUGGAGCUCUAAAUAAUGAUUCUUCUACCACAAAUUCGACUAAUACUCCGAGUUAUAUACCACCACCAUCGAAUAAUCGACGUACCAAUGUACUGAAAGAAGUAGAGAAAUUAAAGAAAAAUCGAGAAGAAAGGAGGCAGAGACAAGCUGAGGAGAAAGCCGAGAAAGAAGCCUUUUUACAAAUGGCUCCAGGAAACCCACAUUGGGAAUUCCUGAAUAUGAUAUUGGAAUAUCGUCGGGGUUUAGAUAUAAAACCUCUUUGUGAAAAUGAUGCUGUGGAGGAUCAUACAAUAACGGUUUGCGUCAGAAAGAGGCCUUUGAACAAACGUGAGAUGCAGAAGAAGGAAGUAGAUGUGAUAACGAUUCCUAGUAAAAAUCAGCUCAUUGUACAUGAACCCAAAAAUAAAGUUGAUCUCACAAAAUACUUGGAAAAUCAGCUUUUUCGUUUUGAUUAUGCCUUUGAUGAAACAUGCUCAAAUGCCAUGGUAUAUAAAUAUACUGCACAACCCCUGAUCAAAACAAUUUUCGAAGGAGGAUUCGCGACCUGCUUCGCCUAUGGCCAGACUGGUUCUGGAAAAACACACACAAUGGGUGGUGAUUUCAAUGGAAAAAAUCAAGAUUGUCAAAAGGGAAUUUAUGCCAUGGCUGCUGCUGAUGUGUUUCGAUUGGCCAAUUCAUCUAAAUACCGACAAUUGAACCUUGUGGUAUCGUCGAGUUUCUUUGAAAUAUACUCAGGGAAAGUGUUUGACUUACUCAACAAUAAGGCCAAACUUAGGAUAUUAGAAGAUGGCAAACAGCAAGUACAGGUUGUGGGUCUUACAGAGUUGGUUGUCAGUUCCGUAGAAGAUGUUUUGAAGCUGAUUCAAAAGGGCAACCAAGCAAGGACAUCUGGUCAAACGUUUGCCAAUGCAAAUUCAUCAAGAUCGCAUGCAGUUUUCCAGAUUUAUCUGAGGUCAAACAAUAAUAUGCACAAAAUACAUGGUAAAUUUUCGCUUAUUGAUUUGGCCGGUAACGAACGAGGGGCGGAUACAUCUUCUGCUAAUCGACAAACAAGAAUGGAAGGAGCAGAAAUUAACAAAUCCCUACUUGCCCUGAAGGAAUGCAUAAGAGCAUUGGGGCGCAAAGGAGCGCACUUGCCCUUUAGAGUGAGCAAAUUAACACAAGUUCUUAGAGAUAGCUUCGUAGGCAACAAUUCUCGAACGUGUAUGAUCGCUAUGGUCUCGCCAGGCGUUAACUCUUGCGAACACACUCUGAACACUCUCAGAUAUGCAGAUAGAGUUAAAGAAUUAGGUGGUGGUGACCUGCAAACAAGUGAUGGAAUUAAUGAAGAACAGGAAGGUUUGCAGCAUUUAAGAUCCUUGAGCGAAGCAGAUAUGACUCCAGAAUUGUUGGAUUUUCACCAAGUUAUCUCAGACUUGCAAAUUGCCGAGGAUAAUAUGUUAGAUAACCAAAAGCAGUUAUUUGAUAGUAUUAGAACAGAUGUAGAUAAACUAUCUCAACUAUUGAAGAUGACUGAAGAAGUGGCUUAUGAUCAAGAAGCUUAUUGUAGAAGUUGGCACGAAAUCGGCAAUAACUUGGUUUCAAAUGUAGUUAGAGCAAUGGAAAUCGCUGCUGAUUACGAGUCAAAACUUGUUGCAGAAGAACAGUUAAGUAGAAGAACAACAAAACGAAAAUAAUUCCAAUAAUAUUCUGCUGACAUCAAUAAUAAUUUUAAAUAUUUUCAUUAACCAAUAUAAUACAUCAGAAAAAUCAAGUGAUUCUCUCAAAUUUGGAGAACAAUUGGAUUUUCAUCAAUAAAAAUUUUUCAUAUGCAAACUGAUGAAUGGUGUUCUUCUUGCAGCAACCCAUCGAUUUUAUUGAAAAUUUUUAAUUGUAUAAAAACUUUUUAUCUCACUUGAGUUCUGCUUUUGUUAUUGCUAAUUCAGGUGUUUUUAGGGAAAUUGGAAAUUUCAGGAAAAUUUCUUUUAUGAAUUCAUCCUACUUAUGGAAGUACUUCAAAAACGUUAGUCUAACUAAGUGGUGGGAAUGCGAUGUUAUAAUCGUAUGUUAUCUAAUUUUUGUACAUUAUCAAGUAAUCCUCAAAAUUAUUCCAUAACCUAUUUCAAAUAUAGUAUAGGAGACUUGACAUAAACUCAUAAAGGCUGUGGCUGGUUAACAGAAAUCAAGUUAUAUCCUAAAAUGAAAGAUAUCAGUAUUGAGUUUGAUUGAAAAUUUGGGGCAUCAUAAUGGCUGCUAAAAUUAAAUUUGUUUCAUUUAUAAGACAAGAAUUUUAUAAACGACACAGAAUUCAAGUUAAAAGCAGGUAAAUAGACUACAUUGAUACUGAAAAUAUUCAGCUUUUAACAAUCCUUGGCCUAUUUGUUGAAGAAAACAAAAAGAUUGCUCAUAAUGAGGAGAGUUAGCCUCGAAAUAAGAAAGGAAUAAAUGGACCAAGGGUUCAAGAUAGAAUAUGAAUUGUGAAAAGCACAGAUAGAAAUUUCAUCUAGAUCUCUAAAUAAGAAAAAAAAUUAACAUCAGAUCUGAAAUAGAUUUGGGACAGUGAAAGAAGAUAGGGGACAAACUAACCUGAACAUUCUAGAGAUGCAUAGGAGAAAAAGUUGGUUUUUUUAGUCCCUAAUAUUGUUUUUGCAAGGAGAAAAUGAUACCAUUCAGAAUAUCUGAACUGUAGAAUAUCGGUAAUGAAUAUUUUUGCACAAGAGGAAUGAUACAAUUGUUCAUUUAUCAUAUUAUAUGAUGUAUUAACACCUAGAAAACAUUUUUUGUGAAAUUGUAUGACCUUUUGGGGCAUACAUUGCGAGUUCCGCCACAUUUAUAUAGUCUAAAAUCGAGUAUUGACUGAGAAAGUAGAAAGAUAUUUUUCAUAGACAUAAUUAUAUUUGAAAUGUAUGUUCAUCACCAAUAGAUAUAAAAGCUUAUGAAUUGACACAAACUCCUUUUAUUCUUAAUUUUUUUGUAUAAAUGAUUUUUUAUUUAUUAAUAUUUCAGACUUAUUACAAAUUAUUUAUUAGGUUCGUUAAAAAAGAACCACGAUGACGCUUCAACUUCAUUUUCAUUCAUACAUUCCUAAAAUUAACUUUUAUAACUGUAGAAGUUUUAAUCUUCAGGCAUGAAAAAUUGUAUUUCGAAAAUUUAAAUUAUCCUUUGUUCGAUAUUUCAAAGUGAAUGACUUGCCGAGUUAAACUUGACAAAAAGCUGCAUUAUAAACUAAUCAUUUCUUGUAAGUUGAUAUAAAUGAUAAAAGAAUACAUUUGAA